AGAGUAAAACGAAUAAAAUCCAAUGUUACUUCAAAACCUAAAUUUCAUAGAAAACCAAACACCAAACAUCUGAACAUUUAAGAGAAACAAACUCAAAUCUUAAAGAAAAUAAUGAAUCAACAAUUUCUUUUUCAUAUAAUUCAUUUGGAUAGUAUUUUAAUAAUUUUGAUGAUAUGAGAUCAUAAUUAUGUGUUAUAAUAAGUUUUUUGGUUACAAGAUUAUUAUUUUGAAUUUGACUAUCUAUUUUUAGUUUAUUAAUUAUCUUGUUUUUGUAUUUUUAGUUUAUAUAAGUUAUUACUAUUAAUAUAUAACAUUAAUUUUUAUAUUUUGUUUAGGUAAACACACACAAAAAUAACAAUGCCAAUUGAACUAAAAUCAGGUCCACUUGUAAUAUUUUACCGAAAAACAAAAGAAAAAACCCCCAUUAUAUAGAAUGCCAUGCUCUAAAAGAAUUUGUUUUUUUUAACAAAAAAAGAAAAUUUAAUUUCACAGAAAGAAAUACGGAAAGUUUUAAGAGAGAGAGAGAGAGAGAGAGAGAGAGAGAGAGAGAGAUGGGUCCAUGACACCUCACCUUAAAGUCUUUUUAAUUGUCGUCGCACGACAAAACCAAACAACAUUACACAUUAUUCACAUCGGCAACUUCCACUCUUCUUCUUAUUGUCUUUCAAUCAAUCAAUCUUCUCUUCUCUCCUCUCCCCACCCCCUCAUAUACACACAAAGGGUUAACAUUAAUGGAGGUCUCAUCAACAUCAUCCAUCUGUUCAAAACCAGAACAAAUCAUGCAAAACUACCCUCCCAUAAUCACAUCUCCUAGGUUUCAGCCUCAGACAAGAUCUCCUUCUCAUCAUCAUCAUGACCAACAUCAACAUCUCUCAAACCCUUACCCAACAACAUUUGUUCAAGCAGACACUUCCACUUUCAAACAAGUUGUGCAGAUGCUGACCGGCUCCUCCACCGAUACCAAAACUGAAAACCACCACAAAGCUCCUUCUCCGGUGAACAACAACAAAGUAGGUUUCUCAAUCCCACCCAUCAAGAAAACCAACAGUUUUAAACUCUACGAAAGAAGACAAAACAAUAACAACAUGUUUGGUAAGAAUAAUUUAAUGAUCAAUACUUUAAGGCUUCAAAACUCCCAGAGGUUGAUGUUCUCGAGCGGACACAAUGGUCAAAGCCCAAGAUUCUCUCCAAGGAACAGCUCAUCAGAGAAUGUUCUUCUGUCUCCAAGCAUGCUAGAUUUCCCAAAGCUAGGGCUAAACAGUCCCGUUACGCCACUGAGAAGCAACGAUGACCCCUUCAACAAGUCAUCGCCUUUGUCUUUAGGGAGUUCAUCUGAAGAAGACAAAGCCAUUGCUGAAAAAGGAUUUUAUCUUCACCCUUCUCCAGUUUCAACUCCUAGAGACUCUCAGCCACUGCUUCUUCCUCUUUUUCCGGUUACUUCUCCCAGGAAUCCAUAAAUCUUGACGAUGACCAACGUGUGUUCACAUUCUAUAAUAAAUUAAUAUAUUAUCGGAUUUUGUUUACCUAUAUAUAACUAAGAUGUAAGUUAAUAGUAAUGGAGCGACUGUAAAGUUUAUGCGGUUAUAUGCUCACUAUUAAUCUCAGUAACUCGGUGCAAUUUGUGAUUGGAAGGUAAGAUAUAUUCAUGAAUCAUGAUACUGAUUUAAGACUUGUUCUUUUUUUUAAACAAAAGAUCCUUUAUAUAUUGUGAUCAUACUGAUAUAUGAUGUGUAAUUCAACGUGUGUCACUCAGUAUCGAGAUCGAAUAGAUUCAUGUUUAUGCUCAACUUUAUGAUAUAGACAAUAAUAUUCUUACAAAACUGUUUUGUCAAAAUUUCAGCAACAAAUAAAAACAAUAUCAAAGUUUAGAUGGUUACGAUUAGAAAACAUGAGUAGAAUGAAUGGUCUUUGUCUAUAUAAGUAAAUAUCCAUCGGAAGUUUGGCGAGUAAUAUGAAAAUAUUGUAAUAUCUAAUACUCCUAAUAUAUAGUAGAAAGUUUCGGAGAGACAAUAUGAAAUAAAGACUUCUAUGAUCAGGUUAGUAUAGAAGACCAUUUUGGUGGUGAUGACUUUGAAUUUGAUGGAGUAAUCAUGGAGGCACGUUUGGUCUUUUACUACAUAUUCUUUGGACUUGCUCCUCUUCUGUCUAUAGUUUUUUCAAUUUUUUCUUGAAUAAAAAAAUAGCUAUAUGUUAAUACUGUUCUUCUAUUGCUUUGUCUUUUGUCUUGGAAGGAAAAUAAUUUUUUGAAUGUAAAUAAAUUUAAAUUAAAUAAAAGGUGGAGAAAAAGAGUAAAAGAAAGUAAAAGACAAAAUAAGUAGUCCGUUAUGAUUAGAGUUGAAAACCAAGCAAAAGGCGAAUGAAUCAUCUUUGCUUCACGUUACAAGCAACUCCACUUUGAAUGUGCUACCCUUUUCAACUUACAUUAUCUGAAAAUUACGAUAUUUGGAUAUACAACUUUAGAUAUGCGACCAAACAACUUAAAUCUUAAUUUUAAUAUUAUCACCGCAAAUUAAAACCAAGUUGUUAUCAAAGUUCUACAUAACUAAUCCCUCAUAUAACAGUUUAUCUCUUCUUUUAAUGUAUAACCAAACAACGCUAAUAUAUUCUUUUUUUUUUUUUUUUUUUUUUUUUUUUUUUUUUUUUUUUAAUUACGUAUUAUAAAUAAAAUCUGCCCGAUAAAUCGGGAAUCAGAUACGGCUACAAGCUUGUUUUGAACAAAAUGUCGAAAUUAAUCUAUUACAAUACUAGCUUCGUCCACCCACUAAACCCGGCACAUUCCGCUAGUUUUGUUUUUCGAAAUCCUUCGACAUCGGUAGCCGUUCUCUACCAUCAACGUGAUUCUCGGGUAAGUGAGGUUCUCCUCGUUGCCGAGGAUGCCGGGAGUUCCCUUGACGUCUCCGGAGUAGCUAGUUUCCGAUGAUCUCCACCAAACUUGCAACUUUCUCUGUCUAUGAAGCUCAAAACGAUCGAAGGGGAAGAUUCAAAUACUUACCAAGGCCUUGCGAACGCCACCAAAGCCGGAAUGUAUGAAACGCCACACGACGCCUUGAACCGCAUCCCAAAACGAGCAAACACCCGCUUCAACCGUCUACGAAACCUGCAGAAAGACGGGUUGUAUCCAUCGCCACAACCUGAAAAGAAGUCUCAAAACCAACGCAAGAAAGCCAGCUACACCACCGCCAGAGGAACAAGACCAACACCGCGGUGCCCGGAUGUGAGCAUGGACAAGACGCUGACUCAAAGACGGCUAAUGACUCCCGAGAACCGCCUAAGCAUCUAAGCCUUUGAGAACCAAAGAACUUUUCUUGACCACAAACUAACAACCUCCAGAGCCAAGGAGAUAAACAUCAAUGACGAACAAGAGACUUUAACUCCUAAAGCCAGGCCGUCGCCUAAACCGUCGGACAAUCAAAACAGGAUGCUAGAGGAGGGAGCAACGAAAGAGAGGCUGAGCAAACUAGGAACCAUCUAAUGGCCAUAGACGACCACUCGUAUUGAACCAGAAGCACACACACGAAGAAACAAAACCGGACACUUUCACCACGAUUACAUCCGACUCGAAACUCGCCUCCUAAUCCAGAGAUCGGAGCACUCUUGGUUGCGGCAAGCAGGAACCGGAAUAUCCCGACCCGAGGAGACCCUAAAAACCCACCACCUCAACCGAACAAGCACGACGCGAUAGAUCCGUAGUGACGAACCACCACCGGACCAGCCGUGACAAGAACCCUCACAUCCUCCCCACGACGAUGGAACACCGGAGAGCUUGAGUAAGGGAAAAACGAGCUCACCAUAACCCUAAAAACCGACUUCCCAGCACGACCCGCACCACUACACCGCGUCACGGCUCCACGAGGAGCUAAACCACCACCGGAAUCGUCAAUCUUCGCGAGCAGACGACAGAAGCCAAUAACGGAUGCCAAACCAGAGCCGGAAACAAAGCGGGGAGAGCACGAGAAGAUCAGAGAAGCAAAAAGCAAACAGAGUUGAGAGGAGAAAGCCCUCCGGCACCGGCACGCGCUCGGACGCGCCGUCCGGACACCAGAGGCGAUGACAAUGGCGUUUUGAGAUCUAGAGCGUUAGGAGAGAGAAAGCACCGGGUUUCUAAUUCGCUAAUAUAUUCUUUUUGGCUUAUAGUUUCUUUAUCCAGUUUUAUAUAUCCAUAUAAAAAUACUAGUCAACUAUUACUCAUUACAUUUGUUUUUCUUUUGUCAAAGUCUUUAUCAACAACAAAAAAAUGUUAGACAAAGGAAAGACAUUGCAAAAGACCGUUAUGAAGUUAGUGUCCCUUUUGAUUUUAAAAACUAUCUACUUAAACAAAUUGUCAAGAUAUAGUUCCACCUCAAGAAUGUGGCACUUACCCCCAUGAAAUUUUUAUUUCUUUUUGGCAUCUCCCCUACUAAAGCUUGUGUUCUGGCCUUUUUUUCAUAUUUAUCUAUAAUUUUCCACCUCUCAAAUUUCUUUCUACAUCCGCCCAUGUAUAGUCAACCAGUUUUGUAAUGAGUCUUGUUAUAUGUUCUCUGUUAGAUUAUAAUGUGUAUGCCCUUUGGAGAAAUUUUUGCUAUAGCCUAUACUUCCUCAUAAGUCUCAGAGCUAUAUUAUUUUUGAACUAUAUCUAAUUGUUACCCGCGACAAUUUUGAACUUUGUUUUAACUUAUGAAUCUUGUGAUAACGGUUGCAUUAGCUAAAGCAUCUCUGCAGAAUCUGUGAGUUUUGUCACUCAGUUCCUCGCGUGUGAUGUGUGGGGUAGUGAUUGAUUCCCAAAUAAUCAAAUGCCCGUUUAAUGGUUUUAUGGUUUUAGAGAUCUCUCAUACUUUUUUCUAGUCUCUCUCUCUGAUUAGCUUCUUUCACUGAAGUUGGAUAGUGGCAACCAGUUGCAGCAGGUAUACUAAGGUAUUUCACUCAAAUCAUCUCCGCUAAACAUAAACUGACACACUCAGUUUUUGAAAACAUAGAUUUUAAAAGUAUAACUUGUACGUAGGAUAAGACUUGCGCUUUGUACGGGAUGAGUUUAUUUAUAUAUAUUAUCGACAAUUUAAUUUAUAUAUUUGAUCAUUUUAUUUAUACAUAUACAAUGUUUUUGUUGUUAUUAUAUAUAUUUUUCGAUGGACCGGAUCAAUUUUUAUUAAAAAUUAUAGAACUAAACUAUAAUUAAUAUAUCAUGGGUUGAUCUGAUUGGACAUUAAACAAAUUAUGACACAAAAACCUUAUUUUUUCCACCAAACACAUUUUUGAAAAAAGUGAAUAGUAUUGUUUCCAUAGUUGAAUUAUUUUGAAAUUUAUCUUUCAUUUGGUUUUGAAAGGUUUCAGAUCAAUCAUCGAAUUGAUACAUGUCAUUUUAAUGCUUUUAGUCGUAUGCUUAAGGAAAACUUACAUUUUUUGUAAUUUGAAGUCGUUUUAAAAAAUUCAAAAUAUAACAUAUAAAAAAAUAUAACAUAUAA